AUCGUCAUUUAGCAACUAAUCAACCUGCCUCUAGCAACUUACCCUGAAAAGUAGUUUGCAACACUGGGUGGGACGGGGGUGACGGCAGCACCCGCUGCUCGUUGAGAAGAGUAAGAACGAUACGUGCUUUCACGCCAGAGUCUCCAAUAACACCAGAAAAAGUCGCUAGUCUCUUUUUGAAAAUGUGUCGCUAGAGGGGUCUGAAUACUCGCUAAAUAUAACGACAACGUCGCUAAAUUGGCAACGCUGGCGGAGGACGGAAAGGGUAACACGUGCUACACCAGCGGAGAGACGAGUUGUAGUGAUGACGUGAGGUUCAACAUGGACAACAAGCAAAUGGACCAGUUUGGCGGAAUGGGAGAAAAAACGCUACAGAAACAUGAAGAGGAACCACUUGGCCAUGUUGGCUGUCUGCAGCCGCUGGUCCCUGUAUUUAUGAUGCAUGGCCGGGAGGGGAGGGAGCGUAGACCGCCCCCACAAGGACCUAGUGACACAGUGGAGGAAGAGGAAGAAUGGACCCCUCACCUGGAGAGACAACACCAGGGUAAAACUCAAAGAAGGGAGAAUAAGUUCAGAAGACCUUCUACAGCCUCCACUUCUAAACCCCCUCAGUCCAGAAGACCUUCUACAGCCUCCACUUCUAAACCCCCUCAGUCCAGAACAACUAAAACAUCAUUGACUACAGGGUCCUAUACCUCACCUGCAAUCUCAGCCUCAACCAAAACCCUCAACACAGCGACCUUAACCCCUACUGAGACACAGACCUUAACCUCGUCCCCAAUCAGAACCAAACAUUCUGACACCAUAGCCACACCUAAAACCUCGACUAGCUCAGAGGUGAGAACAGCCUCAGCCAGGUCCACUGCUACACAGGUAACCACAAGGUCUGACCCCUCGACCCCAGCCAGACCCCAGCUGAGCAGAGGCCCAGUGGUGACACGUAUUUACACCUGGAUGUGGACUGACUGGGACAGUCACAAAAUGGGAAGAGAACCUUCAAGACAACCUCACCUGGAUGAGCUGACUGGAGAGGCGAGAGAGAGUAGGGAUGAGACGGAGAGGAAGACAAAGAAAGAGAAGGGAAGAGCAGGAGAAGAGGAGAAACAGGAGCCGCUAAACGAAGAGAGGGACGGAGAAAAGGAGAGAGAGAGCGAAGGAGGGAUGGAAUCAGAGUGGACGAGUGGGGGAGAGGAGGAGAGCGGGAGUGAAGGAGAGAGCACACCCAGUAGCUCUCACAGGGACCCAGUGUGUGUGUCAGAGCAGAUGAAGAGGGUGUGGCUAAGGCAGGUGAACCUCCGCAGCAGAGUCAGAGUCUGCUAUACUGAGGAAGAGAAGCUGAGAGACGACGAUUACUUCUUCUGUGAGGAGUGCAAGUCUUUCUUCAUCGAGGAGUGUGAGCUCCACGGUCCCCCCCUCUUCAGCCCAGACACCCCGGCCCCCCUGGGGGCCCCAUACAGGGCCAGACUCACCUUGCCGCCCGGCCUGGAGAUCAGGACAUCAGCCAUCCCUGGAGCUGGGCUGGGGGUCUUCAACCACGGACACACCGUGCCCCAAGGGACGCACUACGGACCGUAUGAAGGAGAACUCACAGACUCGGAGCUGGACCUGGAGAGUGGAUACUCCUGGGUGAUCUACAAAAGCAAGCAGAGUGACGAGUACAUUGAUGCCAAGAGAGACACUCACUCCAACUGGAUGAGGUAUGUGAACUGUGCCCGUAGUGAAGAAGAGCAGAAUCUGUUGGCCUUCCAGUACAGAGGAGGGAUUCUGUACCGUUGCUGUAAGCCUAUAGCUGUUGGAGAGGAGCUGUUGGUGUGGUACGGAGAGGAAUACGCCAGAGACCUGGGCAUCGUCUUCGACUUCCUCUGGGACAAAAAGAGCUCAGCUAGAGGUGUGAAUGAGUCGUCCCAGUCUCAGAUCUUUUCCUGCUCUGGUUGUCCGUUCUCCUUCACGGCUCAGAUCUACCUCUACAAGCACAUAAAGAGAUGCCACAGGGAAGAGUACGUCAGGCUGCCUAGGAGUGGAGGGAUUAGAUCAGAGACACUAGCACCACCCAGUGGCUCUCAGCGGUGUUCAACAACUUCAGAUCGCACCCCCAUCACACUCCCCACCCAGAAACACAGAGACACAGGGAAGCCAAGACCUCACCACUGCUCUCAGUGUGGGAAGAGUUUCCAUCGAUCAGGAGACUUAAAGGUGCACCAACGUACUCACACAGGAGACAGGCCGUAUCACUGCUCUCAGUGUGGGAAGAGUUUCCAUCGAUCAGGAGACUUAAAGGUGCACCAACGUACUCACACAGGAGAGAGGCCAUAUCACUGUUCCCAGUGUGGGAAGAGGUUCAAUGUGUCAGGAAAUGUAAAGAAACACCAGCGUAUUCACACAGGAGAGAGGCCGUAUCACUGCUCUCAGUGUGGGAAGAGUUUCCAUCGAUCAGGAGACUUAAAGGUGCACCAACGUACUCACACAGGAGAGAGGCCAUAUCACUGUUCCCAGUGUGGGAAGAGGUUCAGUGUGUCAGGACAUUUAAAGAAACACCAGCGUAUUCACACAGGAGAGAGGCCGUAUCACUGCUCUCAGUGUGGGAAGAGUUUCAGUGAGUCAGGGAGUGUUAAGAGACACCAGCAUGUUCAGUGUGGGAAGAGUUUCAGUUAGGAAGCUUAAAAAGCGUACUCACACCUGACUCUGAGUCACUAGCAUCAACUGAUUUACCGGUGGUAUUCCAAAACUCUAAAUGCCGCAAAUAGUUUGUUUGCCGGAAUAAAAAUCCAGUGGAACAUCUUUGAUUCCGCGUGUGCUGUGUGAGAGGGUGACUGCAGUGAGAGACUAGAGGUCGAGUUUUCAUAACAAUCGGAAAUCGGUAUUUUUGGGCGCCGAUAUGCCUUUUUUUUUUUUUUUUUUUUUACACCUUUAUUUAAUCUUUAUUUAACUAGGCAAGUCAGUUAAGAACACAUUUUUAUUUAUUAAUGACGGCAUAGGAACGAGGCAGACCUGCAACCUUGCAGUUAACUAGUCCAAUGCUAACACCUGAUUACAUUGCACUCCACGAGGAGCCUGCCUGUUACGCAAAUGCAGUAAGCUAAGGUAAGUUGCUAGCUAGCAUUAAACGUAUCUUAUAAAAAACAAUCAAUCAAUGACUGUCAUCGCUCCAAUGUGUACUUUUUUUUAUUUUAUUAAUUUUUACCCCAUUUUCUCCCCAAUUUUCGUGGUAUCCAAUCGCUAGUAAUUACUACCUUGUCUCAUCGCUACAACUCCCGUACGGGCUCGGGAGAGACGAAGGUCGAAAGCCAUGCGUCCUCCGAAGCACAACCCAACCAGCCGUACUGCUUCUUUAACACAGCGCGCCUCCAACCCGGAAGCCAGCCGCACCAAUGUGUCGGAGGAAACACCGUGUACCUGGCCCCCUUGGUUGGCUCGCACUGCGCCCGGCCCGCCACAGGAGUCGCUGGAGCGCGAUGAGACAAGGAUAUCCCUACCGGCCAAACCCUCCCUACCCCGGACGACUUGUUUUCAAUUGUGCGUCGCCCCACGGACCUCCCGGUCGCGGCCGGCUGCGACAGAGCCUGGGCGCGAACCCAGAGACUCUGGUGGCGCAGUUAGCACUGCGAUGCAGUGCCCUAGACCACUGCGCCACCUGGGAGGCUCCAAUGUGUACUUAGCCAUAAACAUCAAUGCCUUUCUUAAAAUCAAUACACAAGUAUAUAUUUUUAAACUUGCAUAUUUAGCUAAAAAACAUCCAGGUUAGCAGGCAAUAUUAACCAGGUGAAAUUGUGUCAUUUCUCUUGUGUUCAUUGCACGCAGAGUCAGGGUAUAUGCAAAAGUGUCUCUUUGCGAACUAAUUAUGACAUAACAUUGAAGGUUGUGCAAUGUAACAGGAAUAUUUAGACUCAUGGAUGCCACCCGUUAGAUAAAAUACGGAACGGAAUAAACGUUUUGUUUUCGAGGUGAUAGUUUCCAGAUUAGCCAAAGGUAUAUGGUUUAGAGAGAAAUAGAGGAAUUAUAACACGUCGACUAACUUGCGGCUGAAUUUGAAAGGGGUUCCUUCGUUAUUUUACCGUUCUUGUCUUCUGUAGAGAAUGUCUUGAUCUACUUCAAAUAAGGUCUGUGUUUCGUGCAGGCUUAAACCGCCUCGGCGUUUUGAUACCCGUGUAAAUCUCACUAGGAUAAGGUAACGUUUGUCAACAUAUUUUCAUAAAUCCACUACAAUUUUCUUAAUCUUCGCUUAUAUUUAGCCAAUAUUGAUCAGAGUUACCUUGUCCUAUGGAUAUCUAAACAGUAAUAAAAUAAGCGGUGUAAGCCUACACGAAACACAGACCUUAUUUUAAGUGAAUCUGAAAAUAUCCUAUGGAAUAAAUGAAGGAAACGUUUUUCAGAUUUUGCUAGGUGUCAUGAGAAUUAUGACUCGCACUUUGGUUGUCAAUUCUUACCAUGCCCAUUAUUAAAAUAGGAUUUCCUGCAUAUAGAAAUGACAGUUUGUUUUCAAAAUUCAUCACAGGUAACUUAAACUCUAUUUUUAUUCAAACAGUUGAGAUUAUUUGUCUCCUAAGCAGACUCUUCAGUAUCAUUGUCACUUCAGAGCUGUGUGUGUAUUUAUGUAUUAUAUUAAGUUAAAAUAAGUGUUCAUUCAGUAUUGUUGCAAUUAUCAUUAUUACAAAAAUGUGUGUGAUAUAGAUUUAUUAAAAAAAUAUCGGCUUUUUUUGUCCUCCAAUAAUCG